AAAAGUAAUGAAAGACAUGUCAAAGAGAGUGAGCGCCACGUAUUCUGCACUUGAUUGUUUAAUUGACAGCACUCUAUCGUUGAAAUUGAAAAAAAUAGGAAGAAGAAGAAAGUAGAAGAUCUACUAGCUUCACGCCAUGGACGUUUCAUCAAAACUUCAAGACGUAACAAACUUAUUCUCACCCAUAAAGUUGAAGGAAAUUCCACAUCUCAACAACCUCCAACCCCUCCCAAAUCCACUUGAUCACAACCCUUACUUCCACACCAUCCAACACCAAGGCUUCUACAUCACACUAAACGACGUCGUUCUAUCUCACUCCACACGCUUCGCUUACCGCUCCGCUGGUCCACGUAAUAACGUUUACUUUAAACCUUCCGAUGUAAGAGUUGCCAUCGUCACAUGCGGUGGUCUCUGCCCUGGACUCAACACCGUUAUCAGGGAGCUUGUCGUUGGUCUAUGGGAUCUCUAUGAUGUUCGUCACAUUUUCGGUAUCACUGCUGGUUACAGAGGGUUUUAUUCCACUGAACCGAUCUCACUCAACCCUAAUAUAGUUCGAAAUUGGCAUAACAAUGGUGGCACUUUGCUUCAGACUUCUAGAGGCGGUUUUGAUCUCUCCAAGAUUGUUGAUGCCAUCCAAACUCGAGGCUUCAAUCAGGUGUACAUUAUAGGUGGAGAUGGGACUAUGCGAGGGGCUGUGAAGAUAUUUAAUGAAAUACAACAACGCAAGCUAAGUGUUGCAGUUGUUGGAAUUCCUAAAACAGUGGAUAAUGACGUGGGAAUAAUAGACAGAUCUUUUGGAUUUCAAACAGCAGUUGAAAUGGCUCAGCAAGCAAUAAGUGCUGCUCAUGUGGAGGCCGAAAGUGCAGUUAACGGUAUAGGCCUUGUGAAGUUGAUGGGUCGAAGCACAGGUCACAUUGCUCUUCAUGCAACACUCAGCAGCCGUGAUGUUGAUUGCUGCCUAAUCCCGGAGCUAGAUUUUUACUUGGAAGGAAAAGGAGGACUCUUUGAAUUUCUUGACCAACGACUGAAAGAAAAUGGGCAUGCAGUGCUUGUAGUUGCUGAGGGUGCUGGCCAGGAUAUAAUACCUAGAACUGAUUCACAGAAGGAAGAGCGAGAUGAAUCUGGUAAUCCAGUUUUCUUAGAUGUUGGAGUGUGGUUAAAGUCAGAGCUGAAGAAGUGGUGGGACAGGGACCACCCUGGUGAGCUAUUUACAGUCAAGUACAUAGAUCCUACAUACAUGAUUCGUGCCGUCCAUGCAAAUGCUACUGAUAAUUUGUAUUGUACACUCUUGGCGCACUCUGCAAUUCAUGGUGCUAUGGCAGGGUAUACUGGAUUUGUUGUGGGUCCUAUUAAUGGAGACUAUGCAUACAUUCCACUGGAAGAUGUUGCAUGUGCAAAUAACCCAGUUAAUACAAAAGAUCAUAAAUGGUCUUGGGUGAGAUCUGUCACCAAUCAGCCUGAUUUUCUAAGGAGCUAGACGUUCCGGCCGUUUUCAGAGAGCAUUCUUGGAACACAAACUCUGAAGGGAGAUCUUAUGCAUAAGUGGUUUUCAUGUUCUGAUGUCAGCAGUUUAUGUUUAAUUUAAUACUCUAAUGUUCUUAGUAGGCGCUGAAGAGUCUUGGUAAAAGAUGGAUGUACUUAACAACAAAUGAUGUAUGAAUUUGCAUAUUUUUUACAUACUUUGUAACAUAAAGUUUUAUGAUUAUCAAUAAAUGAACUCCCAUAAACUAAUUAGCAGAA